AUGAACGGCUUUCUUUCGACUACGAAAAAUGAAGAAGUAGCUAAAAUGUUUUCCGGUGAUAAUGAACCACGUGACAACUACGCAAGUGUUAUAUUUGAACUUCAUAUACAGAAGCCUCUAAGUUACACUGGAAAAUCAUUUAUCGAUAUUUCGGAUGACGGAAACCUCAUGAGUGACGAAGAAGAAGUUCUUUUUUCAGCUGGUUCACUGUGGUCCAUCGAAGAUGUUAGACGAGUAGAACACUUGUGGUAUGUACAACUUAGGAAUUGUACUGAUCGGGAUGCUGCAUUAGACGCAGUUUUAGCUCGUCUAACAAAUGGAUAUACACUUAUGUCUAUCGGUGACUUAUUACGCGAGCUAGGUGAGAAUGACAAAGCCGAAGACUUUUAUCGUCACAUAGCAGAGGAUGAGUCGAAUAUUCCAGAUGAUCAAAAGGGCUUUCUGAACUAUCAUAUUGGCAUGUUAAGAGCCAAGAAGAAAGACUACAAUGGAGCAUUGGACUCUUUGAAUAAAGCGAUAACUUAUUUUCCUCCACCCAUUGGCGCCUACGUAAGAGAUUCCUCUUUGAAACUAUCAAUAACGAAUGCAAGUGUCGCAAAUCGAACCACUCUCUAUCUCGACAUCGGUAAGAUUUAUUAUCGGAACAAGAACAGAAGAAAAGCUGAAGAAGCUUGGAAGAAUGCAAUAGCACAAGGUGGAGCGUUUGAUGAUCUAGCCAAAGUGUAUGAUUGGUUAGCAUGUCUGGCUAACAAUCAUGGUGAAUAUGAACAAGCCAAAGAAUAUCGUCGCAAAGCAAUGGAAUUAAUUAAUCAAUGUGUUGGAAAAGAGGAAAUGAAAUGUGAACUCAAACGUAAGUGGGAUGAUGCCAUACAGCUAUGUGCUCAAAUGGAUGACAGGCUGAAACCGAAACGGCAGCGUACUACCAGUGGCAGUAAAGUACCUACUUGA